GCGAGUUUACGCGCUCUAGAGUUGGGGCCCUCGGCCACCGCCCAAACCUCGACGUAUCGCCACCAAACCAUAUCCGACCCCGCCGCCCGCGCCCGCGCGCCACCACCCGCUCCUCGUCGCCUCCCGGAGGACGUCCGCCGCUCUUCCUCCGCCUGUCCCGGAGGCCUCAGUCGGCGCCCUCCGCCGCAGGGCCGCCGCGCUCGUCCCACCCUCGGCGCCGCACCUCCACCGCCAUCUCCGCUGGGUCCUCGCUGACGCCUCCGCCCUUCCCCGUCCAGCACGCCGCUCGGGAACAAGCACUGGAAGGACCUGGUGGUCACUGUCCGGGACGGCGUGGUCAUCCCGUGGCCCGAGACGGAGGCCGUCGUGGACAUGGUUGCCACCACCGACUGCGAGUGGGGGUCCUGGUCCUCUCCCUCGUCGUCCUCGGCGGCGGCAUCACGGCUUGGCGCCAUCGCCGUGCCCUGCGUCGACGUCUCGAUCAGCUUCACGGAUCACCGUCUUCACGAGGUUGGUCAAAGAGGGCUAGAGUUCAUGCCGUUCCUGCUGUCCCUGUCUGUGUUCCUCUUCGGCACCUCCUGGUUCAUCUUCGACCUCAUCCUGGUGGCCAAGAUUGUAGCUGAUGAGAUGAAUAACUACCUCUUGUUUGAGCACACUCUGCAAAUUGUUGAAAAUACUGGAGCUAAAGAGGUUGAUUAUUGGGUAGUUAGUCCAGUUUUAUUGAGAUUAAAUAUGUGGACCAGGCCCAUGGUGGUGAGGGACUAUUACGACAUGCUCGACGUGAAGAAGGACGCCGGCCAGGGUGAGAUCAAGAAGGCGUAUUACGCGGUGAAGUGUGAAUCCAAGUUCGAAGCUCUGAAGCAUAUCAACAAAGACUAG